AUGCAAAAUACUACAACUACUCAAGGUCUACCAGUUAGCACUAUUUGCCAUAAUUUGUUUGAAAUCUGUACAUUUAAAUCAGUUUCCAAAUUCCCUGUUGCUACUCCAUUCAAGGCAUUUAAUAUUGUCGGGGAACAGUUAUGUCAGUUAAAUCCACCAAACUGGACGACAGGCUUCAAAUAUAUUUUAGAGGAUUAUAAUGGUCCACUUGUUAUCUUUGUUAAAGAUCAAAAACAUGAAGAUUAUGGUAAAGCCUUAAACACUCACUCCAGAUGGUGCCAAACUACGACUAAUAAUAUACUAUUUAGGAGAGUAUCUUUGACAUGGUAUGAUGAAUAUACUAUCAAGGAAGGUCUAUCCGAACAAAAAGGCAUUAACUGCUUCAUAGAAGGUAAUUUGUUUUGUGUUUUGGGAGAUUUUCCUGAUAUACAGAUUAAUUUGGUAGAACUAUUUGGUAACACAUUAGUUCAAGUCCAUGAAAAUAAAAAUCUAGUGAUGAUAGGUAUAUUUUAUUUUUUAAUGCAAAAGAUAGGUAAUCACAUUCAGCUGCUAAAAAAUGAUCUUUUAAAAAAAGAGAAAAAAAAUCAAAAUGUCGCUUAUAUUUUUAGCUCAAAGAUGAAUUCAUACCUCAGAAAGAGGUGUGAUAAUCUAACUGAGUUAUCAAAAAUGAUAUUCCAAGGGAAAGAAUUUUUGACCCUAAUCGAAGACCAUCUAGAAAACUUAGAAGUUGACAAGAAUUCAACAUUCAUGGCUCCGAUUAGCAAAGAUGUGAGAUCGAACUUUGAUCAAAAAAUAAGAGAGUGUUCGUUAACAUUAUUGUGUCUCGAAAACAAUCUCGCUGAAGCACAUGAAAAGCUUCACAAAUGUUUGAAGAUAAUUCCCUACGCUGUGGGCUGCCUACUUGCAACAAUGUGCAUAUCUAAAGUGGUGGAAAUGAUAGUACACAAAGUAGCUGGAAAAACAGAACACAGUUUUGAAGGACUUACAAUCGCAUUCAUAAGCGAGGUUAUCGUGUGCCUAUUGUAUGUGAUUAUUUAUUUUUGGUACAACGGCGUUCGUCUAAGGUUAGGGAUAACAUUUCCUAGUUGCAAAUUAGAUAUGUCCAAAUUUCGGGUCGCACCCAAACAAGAAGAUAUUUCGGAUGGCCCCUCUGUUCCUUGA